ACUGACACUACGAAUGAGCAAAGAAUUGAAUGUCAAAAUAGCUUGGUUUUUUUCAGACAACAAAAAAUAUUGUAGAUAUUUGCAGUAAACGGUAUAGAAAAUAUUUUGUUGAGAAAAUUAAUUAAUUGAAAAAAAGUAAUAAUAAAAUGAUUCUCUGUGGAAAUGUAUUUUUGGAUGAAUUGAAGGAUACAUUUAUUCUAUGCUGUGUAUUGUGCAAAAAGAAAUCUCGGCGUUACAAUGAUUUUACAAGUCACGUAAAAGCGAAGCAUAAAGAACUCAAUGAAAAGGGAGCUGCACCAUCACGGCAGAUUGUAAGAAAAAUUAAAGAUGAAGACGAUAGUGAUGACGAUGAAGACGAAUGCCAAGACGAGAAUGAAGAACAAAAGCCAGAUGUUGAAGUUAAGGAUGAAAUGGAUGUUGAUCCACACGAGGAGUUUAUUGAUGAUAUUAAGUAUGACGUUCAGGAAAUUGAGCCUUUUAUUGACCCUAUAUUGGCUUUAGAGGAAAAGGAGAGUGCAGAUGCAACAGAUGUAUUGGAUGCUUUAGAUUCAGAUGUAAAGGAUGAAGAUUAUAUGGCUGAUGAACUAGAUAAUGAUGAUUCUGAUGACGAAGAUUAUCGUGAUGAGGACAAUGAUAAUGCCGCAGAUUCCGAGUCCGAUGAUAACGAACUUCCAAUAUCCACAGACAAAUUUACUCCAACAUUUUAUCGUAAAAAACGACAUGUAAACGAUUUCAUUGAAUUGUACAAAAGCCAACCUGUUCUGUGGGAUAUUAAUGAUCCUUUAUUUGAAAAUCCAAAAGCACAAAAAGAAGCCGAACAGGCCAUUAUAAAUGGCAUGCAGAAGUUCAAUAUAUUCCUGAAGCCAACUGGAUUAAAAUCAGCAAUAAACCAGAUACACAAAUAUUGUGUCAUAAUUAAAUCUGAUUUGGACAAUGGUGAUACCAAAAAAGUUACAUCUAUUGCAAAAGGUUAUUAUGAGAAAUGUGAUUUUCUGAAAGAUCUGCUAGCUAAAAAGGCCAUACCAGAAGGAGAUAAACAGAACAAACCAUUAACGCUCAAACAAUGGGAUGACAAUACUUCGAAAUUCAUCGAUGCUUACGCAAAAUUCCCCCUUCUAUACGACGGAGAGCAUCCAUUGUAUGGUAAUUUCGAGGAAGUACAAAAAGCUAAUAACGAUCUAACAAAUGCACUUUUAACUGAACAUAAUAUCGAUUUUAAAGAAGAAACACUGUCCUCGGCAAUAAAUCAGUUGCAUUCUUGGUAUUACGAUGCCAAGCAGCGCAAGGGAAAACAAAAUAGAUUGAAAAAGGACGAAGAGGAAUAUUUCAAAAAGUGUAACUUUUUACCAGCAAGACGUUUAAAAACGAAAUUUUAUUGUCAUGUUUGUAAGAAAAACUUCAAAAUGGAACACAAUCUAAAGGGUCAUCUCUUUAGAUAUCAUCAGAUAGGCGACCUACCCUUCCAAUGCGAGCAAUGUGGAAAGAAAUUUGAAAUCAAAUCCACACUGCAAACACACAUUCAAAGAAUGCACGUCAGUAGAAAAUUCCCGUGCGGUUUCUGUGGAAAACUCUUUGCCAUAAAAUCGGAGCUAAAAGUUCACAACAUGGUUCAUACGGCGGAAAAGCCACAUGUCUGCGAACUAUGCGGAAAAGCUUUUAGAAUAAAAACUCAAUUACGCUACCAUGUGACUGCAAUACACACCAAGAUUCGUGCCUAUAAAUGCACUAUGUGUCCCAAGGAUUUCCUUAAGAAGCGCGACUUGACCGAUCACAUCAAAACGCACCUAAAUAUACGCGACAAGAUAUGCGAAACGUGUGGAAAGGGCUUUUCGAACAGUCAUUCGUUAAUUAGACAUCGUCAGAUACAUUCGGAAGUAAAGCGAUAUGCCUGCAAAUUAUGUGAUGCUAAAUUUCACCAGUUUGUUGGUCUAAACGGUCAUAUGAAACGUACGCAUAAUAUUGUAAAAAAAGAUUCAUAAUCGAAUGAAAUUUCAUUGUAAAAAAUACACUUAUCAACUAAAAUAAAGACGUAUAUUCAUAAUAAAUAAUUAUCCAAUAAGAAGAGUAAUAAUUGCAUUUUAAUCGUUACAUUUGGUUUAACAUUUUAAUAAUCAAUCUCCCCUCAUAUUUAAUCUAGUCUUUACUUAUUUUUUUUAAAUGUCGUUUUAAGUUAUUAUAUAUUCUUUAAAAUCAGCAAUUAUUUUACAACUAUUAUUUCCUUUUAUUGUCUUUAUUUUCCUUAAUAAAAAAACAGGAACUUAAUAAAAAACAGGAACGUAACAAGAACCGGGAACAGAACCAAAAUCUAUUAAAUUUUAAAAAGUUGGAUGGGAACACAUUAAUGUUCAUAGAUACUUAUGAAAAAUUUCCUCAACUAUAUGAUGGAAAUCAUCCUUUGUACGAAAAUGUUGAAGAAAAAUUGAAAUCUUUAACUGAAUUUGCAGAUCAACUUUUACUCUAUAAUGGUUUAAAUUUCUCAAUUCAAAAUCUAUCUAUCGCCAUCAGACAAUUACAGUCGUGGUAUUAUCAUUCUAAGACACGCAACGAAAACCAAAAGAAAAAAUUAAAUGACCACGAAAUGGAAUACUUCAGAAAAUGUUCAUUUUUCCCUCCAAAGCGCCUAAUUGAUAAAUACUUUUGCACAAUUUGUAAACAACAAUUUACUUUGAAAAGUAGUUUGGACGGCCAUCUCUUCAGACACCAUCAAAUCGGCGAUUUGUCCUUUGAGUGCGAUAAAUGUGGCAGAAAAUAUGCACAAAAAAAUAUACUUCGAGAGCAUGUGCAACGAAUGCACGGCAGCAAAGAAUUUUCCUGCGGUUUCUGUGGAAAACUCUUUGCCAUAAAAUCGGAGCUAAAAGUUCACACUAUGGUACAUACGGCUGAAAAGCCACAUGUAUGCGAACUGUGCGGAAAAGCUUUUAGAAUAAAGACUCAACUACGCUACCAUGUGACAGCAAUACACACCAAGAUUCGUGCCUAUAAAUGCACCAUGUGUCCCAAGGAUUUCCUUAAGAAGCGUGACUUGACCGAUCACAUUAAAACGCACUUAAAUAUCCGGGACAAGGUAUGCGAAACGUGUGGAAAGGGCUUUUCGAAUAACCAUUCGUUAAUACGACAUCGUCAGAUACAUUCGGAAGUAAAGCGAUAUGCCUGCAAAUUAUGCGAUGCUAAAUAUCACCAGUUUGUUGGCCUAAACAGUCACAUGAAACGUACGCAUAACAUUGUAAAAAAAGAUUCAUUUUCGAAUGAAAUUUCAUUGUAAAAUUAUACUUCUUAAUUAAAAUAAAGACGAAUAUAAU